AAAAACUCACUUCACAAAUAUACAAAAAAAAAUUCUUAUCUUUGCAUCUCAUUGUGAGUUAUCAUGUCUAGGCCAUUGGAACCACUUUCUGUGGGAAGAGUGAUAGGAGAAGUUGUUGACAUUUUCAAUCCAAGUGUAAGAAUGAAUGUGACAUAUUCCACCAAGCAAGUUGCAAAUGGACAUGAGUUAAUGCCUUCUAUUGUUAUGAACAAACCAAGGGUUGAUAUUGGAGGUGAAGACAUGAGAUCUGCUUAUACUUUGAUCAUGACAGACCCAGAUGCUCCUAGUCCUAGUGAUCCACAUUUAAGGGAACAUCUCCACUGGAUGGUUACAGAUAUUCCAGGUACCACAGAUGUCUCUUUUGGAAAUGAGAUUGUGGAGUAUGAGAAUCCAAAGCCAGUGAUAGGAAUCCAUAGAUAUGUGUUCAUCUUGUUCAAGCAGAGAGGGAGACAAACAGUGAGAUCCCCAUCUUCUAGAGACAAUUUCAACACAAGGAGAUUCUCACAGGAGAAUAACCUUGGUUUACCUGUUGCUGCAGUUUACUUCAAUGCUCAAAGAGAAACUGCAGCAAGAAGAAGGUGAUCGAUGAAAAAAAAAGGGGACAUGCACCGUUGGUGUAAACUAAUUUUAAACUGACGUCCAAUGAGAAUCCAACGGAUACAAAGUAGAGUUACGUGGCAAUAAUGUGAGUUCUCAUUGGAUGUCGGUACAAAACUAUAUUUUACACCAACAGUGCAUCUCUAUUAAACUCGUUAUCAAUUCGUGAAGCUGAAAGGAUGCGGUGAAUAAAACUUGUUUCAGGCUUAAUAUCUUUUCUUAGGGGUUGUCAUUGUUGAAAUAAGGAUAUAGAUUUUUUUUGAAAUCUAUACUCCACUCCAUUUUUUUGCUAUUUCUUAGGGUUUGCGAGACGGUUUGAGGUUACGAUUGGAACUGCAGCAUCAAAGUUUUCGAUGUUUAUGUAUUGUGGCCGCAACUAUAAUCGCGAAUUUAUAUUCGACGAUUAGUUACCUAUAUGUAAUAUUAAGAAUUGUGACGUGGUUGCGACCGCGAUAGUUCACAAGGAACCUUAGAGCUAGCUGGUGUUUAAAAGGUGGCACAUAUUCUUGAUGUACUUUAUAGUUUGUACUGCUUGUAAAUUAUUGAA